UUAUCUUUAAUAUUCUGAUUGAAUACUUCACUCCGAACUUAUAUAAAUAGUGACCCAACAGCAAUGGCUGGUUUUGGAGACAAUUUGUUUGAUGUUUUUGAAGAUGAUUCAGCCGCAGGUGGAAAGUCUAAGAAGAAUGAACAACCAUCUGAACCUCCAUUAAAAGAAAAACCUCUGAAGUCAAAAAAGAGAAAACACGAAGAAGGAAACAAUGUUGUUGAUUCAGAGAAUGAAUCAAAGCCUGAGAAAGCUGAUCAAGAUGAAAUAGAAAAGAUGAAACAGAAAGCAAUAGCAAGAGUUGAACAAAUUAAUUUUGAAGAAAAUCAAAAGAAAAUGAAAAUAAUUGAUCAAGCUGAUGAUUUAGCAAGCAUUCUUGAAUCUCUUCCAAAAGUUGAAACAAAAUCCAUGGAAUCAUUGAUAUCGGGUUGUAACCAUGAAGUUGCUUUCACUAUCGGUGUUGAAGUUCCUCCUCUGAGACCAAGACAGGGUCCACCAGCAAAGCAAUACAAAUUCAUCUUAGAUCCAUUCCAACAAGAAGCUCUUCUCUGCCUUGAUAACAAUCAAUCAGUUCUGGUGUCUGCUCAUACUUCUGCUGGGAAAACAGUUGUUGCUGAAUACGCAAUAGCCAUGUCUUUACGAGAUAAGCAAAGAGUCAUCUAUACAACACCUAUAAAAGCGCUGAGUAAUCAAAAGUAUCGAGAACUUUACGAAGAAUUUUCCGAUGUUGGUUUGAUGACAGGUGAUGUCACAAUCAAUCCCACAGCAUCUUGCUUAGUCAUGACGACAGAGAUUCUUCGAAGUAUGUUAUACAGAGGAUCGGAAGUUAUGAGAGAAGUCGCUUGGGUUGUUUUUGAUGAAAUACAUUACAUGAGAAAUAAAGAGAGAGGUGUCGUCUGGGAGGAAACCAUAAUUCUACUUCCCGACAAUGUACGCUAUGUGUUUCUUUCUGCUACGAUUCCUAAUGCCAGACAGUUUGCAGAGUGGAUUUGUCAUCUUCAUAAACAACCAUGCCAUGUUGUUUACACUGAUUAUAGACCAGUACCUCUGCAACAUUAUGUGUUUCCAGCUGGGGGAGAUGGACUGCAUUUGGUUGUGGAUGAGAAUGGUAACUUUCGUGAAGAUAAUUUCAACACUGCGAUGGCUAUAUUACGUGAUGCUGGUGAUAAUGCAAAGAGUGAUUAUAACAGAAGAGGAAAGAAGGGUGGACAACAGGGUGCCAACGGUUGCUUCAAAAUAGUCAAAAUGAUCAUGGAAAGAAGUUUCCAGCCAGUUAUUGUCUUCAGCUUCAGCAAGAAAGAAUGUGAAUUUUAUGCUUUACAAACUUCAAAAUUGGAUUUCAAUUCAGCCGAAGAGAAGAAACUUGUCAGUGAAGUUUUCACGAACGCCAUCGAUUCAUUAAAUGAAGAAGAUCGCUCUCUCCCUCAAGUAGAAGCUGUUCUACCGUUGCUGAAACGUGGAAUAGGAAUCCAUCAUGGAGGAUUGCUACCAAUUCUUAAGGAAACGAUAGAGAUUUUGUUCUCUGAAGGGUUAAUUAAGUGCCUUUUUGCAACUGAGACAUUUGCAAUGGGAGUAAACAUGCCUGCUCGUACUGUUCUCUUCACAAGUACAAGAAAGUUUGAUGGAAAAGAUUUCAGAUGGAUCACUGGUGGAGAAUACAUUCAGAUGAGUGGAAGAGCUGGUAGAAGAGGAAUGGAUGACAGAGGAAUUGUCAUUAUCAUGGUCGAUGAAAAAAUGUCUCCGAGCGUCGGAAAGAAUUUAUUGAAGGGUUCUCCUGAUCCAUUGAAUUCAGCAUUCCGUCUCACAUACAACAUGGUACUGAACCUUCUUCGUGUUGAAGAAAUCAACCCUGAAUACAUGCUGGAAAAAUCAUUUUAUCAAUUUCAACAUUACAAGGCAGUCCCUGAAAUAAUGGACAAGGUCAAGAACCUGGAAAAGGAAUAUGAUGAAAUCAAGAUAUCAGAUGAAGACGUGGCGAUGAAUUAUUACAAGAUUCGACAACAGUUGGGAAAACUAGCUGGUCAAAUGGAAGAAUUUAUUCACAUGCCAAAGUACUGUCUGCCUUUCCUACAACCUGGGAGAUUGGUAAAGGUGAACAAUGGAUCAGAUGAGUUUGGUUGGGGAGUGAUUGUAAAUUUUCAAAAAGCACCAAAAUCUAAAAUAAUAGAUGGGGAGGAACAGGAACAGAAAUUUGUUGUUGAUAUCCUUGUCAAUGUUGCCUCAGAAAGCAUCAAGAAUAAAGAUUCAAAAUCGCCACGUCCAGCUGGAUAUCAAGGCUCGGAGAAGAGUGAGAUGGCUGUUAUACCGUUCAUGCUUCAUCUUAUCAAGUCUAUUAGCAGCAUAAGACUGUAUCUACCAAAGGAUCUACGACCCCCAGAUAACAGGCAAUCACUACUGAGAUCUCUACAGGAAGUUCAAAAGCGGUUUCCCGAUGGAAUUCCACUUCUUGAUCCGGUCGAAGAUUUGGGGAUUCGAGAUGAUCGAUUGAGAUCAAUCGUCCGCAAGAUUGAAGCAUUUGAACACAGAAUGUACCAACACCCUCUACAUGAAGAUAAACAUUUGAAAAAGAUUUACAAACAAUGUGAAGAGAAAUCAAAGAUUGCAAAUGAUAUCAAAGAUGCGAAACGAGAGUUGAAGAGAGCCAGAACAAUAUUACAGAUGGAUGAACUUAAAUGCAGAAAAAGAGUUUUAAGAAGAUUGGGAUAUGCUACAAUGGCUGAUGUUAUUGAAACAAAAGGUCGUGUUGCUUGCGAAAUUAGUUCUGGAGAUGAAUUAUUAUUGACAGAAUUAAUAUUCAACGGAGUUUUCAACAACCUGUCUGUUCAACAAUGUUGUGCUUUACUGAGCUGCUUCAUAUUUGAGGAAAAGGCGAAAGAUAUUCCUAAGCUUUCUGAAGAACUAUCAGGACCAUUGAGAAAGAUGCAUGAAGCAGCCAGGAGGAUCGCUAAGGUUUCAAUAGAAGCCAAAAUGACAAUUGAAGAAGAAGAGUAUGUCGAAUCAUUCAAAUGGACAUUGAUGGAUGUCGUGCAUUCAUGGUGCAAUGGAGCCAAUUUUGGACAAAUUUGUCAGAUGACUGACACAUUCGAGGGUAGCAUUAUUCGGUGCAUGAGACGACUUGAGGAACUCCUGAGAGAAAUGUGUCAUGCAGCAAAGGCAAUCGGAAACACACAGCUUGAGAAUAAAUUUGCUGAAGGAAUUACUAAGAUCAAGAGAGACAUUGUGUUUGCUGCAAGCUUGUAUUUGUAAAAUGUUUUAAUUACAAUGUCUUGAACACCUGAAUUGCUGAGUGUAAUUUCUUUGAAUAAAACUGCCACCAUUCUCUGAA